CCCUAAUCUAAAUCACAACGAUGAAGGGUAUGAAGCCAUUGAAGCAACUAAAGCUCUCUGUUCCUGCUCAAGAAGCCCCAAUAACCAGCUUCUUGACUGCAAGCGGGACAUUUCAUGAUGGGGAUUUACUUUUAAACUUGAAAGGUUUAAGACUAAAGUCCGAGGAAAAGGGAUCUAGUCCUUCAGAUACCAAGGAGAUUGAUCUACAAUUUUCACUAGAAGACCUUGAAGCCAUAAAAGUUAUUGGAAAAGGAAGUGGAGGCGUUGUUCAACUCGUUCGGCAUAAAUGGGUUGGAACAUUGUUUGCUUUGAAGGUGAUUCAGAUGAACAUACAAGAGGAUAUUCGUAAACAGAUUGUGCAAGAGCUGAAAAUUAAUCAGGCAUCACAAUGUCCUCAUGUUGUGGUUUGUUACCACUCUUUCUACCACAAUGGAGCCAUCUCUUUGGUAUUUGAAUACAUGGAUCGUGGAUCUCUGGCGGAUGUUAUUAGACAACUUAAAACAAUCCUUGAACCAUAUCUUGCUGUUGUCUGCAAACAGGUACUGCAGGGUCUCGUGUAUUUGCACAACGAAAGACAUGUAAUUCAUCGAGAUAUUAAGCCAUCUAACCUUCUUGUAAACCAAAAAGGCCAAGUGAAAAUUACGGAUUUUGGUGUGAGCGCAAUGCUGGCCACCUCUAUGGGUCAACGGGAUACAUUUGUCGGAACAUACAAUUACAUGGCUCCGGAAAGAAUCAGUGGGGGAGCUUAUGACUAUAAAAGUGACAUAUGGAGUUUGGGCCUGGUGAUCCUCGAGUGUGCUAUAGGACGAUUUCCAUAUUUACAAUCUGAAGAUCAUCAAGUUUGGCCAAGUUUUUAUGAGCUUUUGGAGGCUAUUGUCGCAAAGCCACCGCCUUCUGCACCGCCCGAUCAGUUUUCACCGGAGUUCUGUUCGUUUGUUUCUACCUGCAUACAGAAAGACCCUAAAGAUAGAUCAUCGGCUUUAGACCUUUUGAGUCAUCCGUUCAUCAAGAAGUUCGAGGACAAGGACAUUGAUCUUGAUAUUCUGAUUGGUUGCUUGGAACCCCCGAUGAAUUUCACGAGGUAACGUGUCUUGUAACAGUGUAUAAUUAGCUCACAUGUUUGCUAUGAUAUAACAAACAAUCGUAUAGUAUUUCAUAGAUCGAGUUUUAUCAAAUGUUCGAUACUUGUUACAACAAUGAAUGCAUGCAAAGUUCU